AUUGUUUGCACGGAAAAAUUGUAGAAUCAAGUGAACAUUUUAUGAGCCGAAUCCCCGAAUUGCUUUGGACCGGUUAACUGUUCAUUGGUUCGAGGCCCAAUAAUCAGGCCCAUAGUUUAAACAGAAGCUCAGUACCCUUUCUCUUAGUCCGGGACUAUUUUCAUUUCCCUCCAUUCCAAAACAAAAGAGCGCCACAAUUGAAAGAGAAUCCGAAAAUAGAAGCAAAUGGCAAUGGAUCGCGUAGUGUGUGGUAGCAGCAGCGAAAUCGAAAGAGGAGAAGAACAAGAAGAACAUGACUCCGAAGCGAGGCUCUUGCGCGAUAGGUUCAGACUCUCCGCAAUCUCCAUCGCCGAAUCCGAAGCACGUAAGAGUGGCAUGGAAAUAUCGAAAGUCGUAGUCUCUUGCGUCGCUGAUUUGGCAUUCAAGUUUACAGAGGGGCUGGCCAAGGAUCUUCAGAUAUUUGCACAGCAUGCGAAUCGUAAAUGUGUGAACAUGGAAGAUGUCAUACUUUCUGCUCACCGAAAUGAACAUAUCUCUAGCUAUUUGAGGACCUUCUCCAAUGAUUUAAAGGCCAACGCAUCUGAAAGGAAAAGAACGAAAGAGACCAAGAAGAAUGACAAAACACCCAUCUAAUGCACAUGUCUGAAGUAAAUAUAUAGUACCAUGAACAUAUUUGAUAUUCUUUUUGUAAAUUUUGGCCCCAAAUUCUGCAUAACUCUGUUCUUGUGUUAGUACAAGAACAUAGCUGCUUUUUCUUCUUCCCUCUCCUUUUCUUACCCUUUUCCUCUUUCAUCUUCAUGCUCUUGUACUUCUAUUAGUACAAUGGAAUCUACAAGUUUCACUUUUAAUAUUUCUGCAGGAAGUGGAUGCUCUAGAAGGCUAGAACAUCAUCAUAUUAACCACUAUGUAAAAGGUACAUAGCCUCUCCUUGGUAGUAGGCAAUGUACUUAAUGAGCUUAAGAUUCGAUUGCAUAAAUACUAAGAUUUUUCCUGGAAA